AUUGCAUUUUAUAGGUUCCCCAUUACAGCUCAGAGGAACUACUCCUGUAAUCCAGCCAUUGGUGGAUUCGUCUUGAAACAUGAAUGGAGAAACACCAUGUGGAAGGAGUUGAUUGAAUGGGAAAGGAACUUAGUUGUACCACGACCUGUAUCAAUCAAUGUAAUUCAAGAAGAGAAAGACAAUGCUAUUUCAGGAUUUGCGCAGACAGUUUUGGUUGUUCUAAAGGAAUCAGUGAGGCGGCGAACUUCACUACAUAGCAUUUUUCAGGGAGAAAAAGAAGUUGUCCCAGUAGCUGGUGGAUUAGAUUCAAUGAUUCUAGCUGCUCUAUUGGAUCAGUGCCUUGAUCCAAAAUAUGAAGUUGAUCUACUUAAUGUCAGUUUUGAUGGUGCAAAUGCUCCUGAUAGGAUCUCCGCCAAGGCUGGAAUAAAGGAACUUAAAAAGAUUGCACCGUUGAGAAGGUGGAAACUCGUGGAGAUUGAUGCUGAUUUAUCAAAACUAGCAUUCGAGACAAAGCGUGUCAUGUCACUCAUAAAUCCUGCGGAUACUUAUAUGGACCUUAACAUUGGAACAGCACUCUGGCUUGCUGCUCGCGGUGAUGGUUGGAUCCACAAAGAAAGGGAAAAUCAAACAGUCGAAAUAGAUAAUCCUCGGAUUAGAUAUAAGUCUGAGGCUAGAAUACUGCUGGUUGGCGCUGGUGCUGAUGAACAAUGUGCUGGUUAUGGUAGGCACAGAACAAAAUGUAGAAACGGGAGUUGGGUUGCGUUGGAUCAAGAAAUGAAAUUGGAUAUGCAGAGGAUUUGGAAAAGAAACUUAGGUCGAGAUGAUCGACGCAUUGCAGAUAAUGGUAAAGAGGCGCGAUUCCCAUUCUUGGAUGAAGAUGUGAUAAAGACUCUCCUUGACAUUCCCUUGUGGGAAAUAGCUGAUCUUGAGCAACCAAGUGGAAAGGGAGACAAGAAGAUUCUUAGACAGGUUGCGAAGUUGCUUGGUUUACCUGAAAUUGCAAAGAUGCCUAAGAGAGCAAUACAGGUAAAGAAUAGGUUUCAAGAGAUUUUGGAUUCAAACCAGUAA